AAAGGCCUCUGAGCUCCCCCUGCUCUGAUAAAAAGGCUGAAAGUCUGCAGGGCAUGCUUAACGUUUGUCCAUUCACGCUCCUCUGCUGACAGCCUUCGGGGCUCGCCCAUAGAUGCAUAGAGACUGGCGUGCUGCUCCACUCUGGAGCCCUUUAUGACAGAAAUCAGAACACCGACAGGGAGAGCAGUAACGCGUAGUUACAUGUUGAGCAGUCUGUGUUGUUACAUUUAACUUUGAGGAGAAAGUCGAUAUUUGAGGUCAGCUUGUGACUUGCCGUGUAUUUUUAAUUUUUUCUGUCUCAAAUAGUUGUCAUUGUGGAGAAGCAUCUUCUCCCUUCAGUUGCUAAGUUUUUCUGUUGACUUUUCAUCCCUCCACCGGUAGAAGUUGCCUUUUGAACUUGAGCUACAAUGUGGGAGUUCAGGUCGAUGUCUUUCUGGCGGGCAGUGUUUGCCGAGUUCUAUGGCACCAUGUUCUUUGUGUUCUUUGGACUGGGAGCUGCCCUCCGCUGGACCACCGGCCCCCACAAUGUUCUCCAUGUUGCCUUUUGCUUUGGGCUGGCGGCUGCAACCUUCAUCCAGUCCAUCGGCCACAUCAGCGGGGGACACAUCAACCCGGCCGUUACCUUUGCCUACCUGAUUGGAUCUCAGAUGUCCAUGUUCCGUGCUUUCUUCUACAUCGUUGCCCAGCUUCUUGGAGGGCUGGCCGGUGCUGCUGUGCUGUAUGGAGUUACACCCAACAACAUGAGGGGAAACCUGGCUUUGAACACACUGCAGCCUGGCAUCAGCCUGGGCAUGGCUACAACUAUGGAAGUUUUCCUCACCCUCCAGCUCGUGGUCUGCGUCUUUGCCGUGACGGAUGAGAGGCGCAAUGGACGUCUGGGGUCUGCUGCUUUGGCCAUAGGUUUCUCUGUGCUCAUGGGACAUCUUCUUGGGAUGUACUACACAGGAGCAGGUAUGAAUCCUGCAAGGUCUUUUGCUCCAGCUGUCCUGGUCAGGAAUUUUGUCAACCACUGGGUGUACUGGGUGGGUCCCAUGAUUGGCGGUGCCAUGGGUGCCCUGGUGUACGAUUUCAUCCUUUUCCCACGUAUGCGUGGUCUCUCUGAGAGGCUUGCCACACUAAAAGGUACCCGGCCACCUGAGGCAGAGGGCCAGCAGGAAACCAGGGGAGAGCCCAUUGAACUCAAGACACAGGCUCUAUAAGCCUGGACAUGAAGAUCAGCUUUCUGACCCCCGUCUUGAAUCUGUCAUACCUCAUCCUGUACCCCGAGUUCCUGUACCAUUCCCAUCCCAAACAGCUUUUGCACACGUUACUUCUCCAUACGCGCUAAAACAGGUCCCAAACCCCUUUAAGCUUUUGUCCCGUAUCAAGAAUUGGGUCAGUGAAAGGGCUCCCUAAGCCCUGACCAUAUUUCCAGAUUGCAUCCAUACCAUCCUUGAUUCUCCUCUUCCCUUUCCUGGAAUGCAGCAUGAAGAUGAAGGGUUCGAAGAAAACCGCCACCAAAGUAGGCCCCCUAUGCUUUUUGGUGUGGGGAGUUAAUCACUCCAGACUGACCAGGUGGCUGUUACUGCUCAGGACAGGGGCUGCUUUUUCCUUGCCUUUCUAUUUCUUUCUGUUUUUCUUCAUAUUUUGUAGUCUGCUAGGAGUGAAGCUACUUUAGAACAAUGGACUUCUGCAUGCUUUUCAACUUUGAGACAGUGUGAUCUCACACCAUGUUGGUUUUGUUUAAUGAAUUUUGAGUAGAUUACAUGUUAGUAUUGUAUUUUACCAAAAUUUGUUAGCUCAAAUUUUCUUAAGUUGUAUGUCUACAUGCGGGUGUGUGCCUGUGUGUGUGUGGGUGUGUGUGAUACAGAGUGAGAGCGAGAAAGACAGAAACUGAGUGUACCUGCAUGUCUGACUGCAUGUUUAUGCUUGUGAGAUUAUUUUAAUUCAACUGGAACUUUUUCCAUAUUUCAUAGCUACACUUAUGUGUCUGUACUUAGAUUUUUUUUAAUUUCAUUUUUGAGUUACUCUUAUGCAAGCUUACUUUAGGAAAUCGUGCUGCUAUUUUCCUGCCUACAAACAUGUGUGUAUGUGUAUAUGUAUACAUACAUACAUACAUAAAUAUACAUACAUACAUACAUAAAUAUACAUUUAUAUAUAUAUUUAUGUAUGUAUGUAUACAUACACACAUACACACAUGUGCGUUGGAUAUCUUAUACAGUAUUUAUACAGUAUUUGUCGGGUUACAGUCUCGAUGACCUUCUGACAUAAUUUUGUCCUCUUAGCUUUCGGGCAGCACUUAUGAUUCAUGUACAGGUGUGUAACAGCUGUUUUGCAUUUAUUCUGCUUGCCUGCCAUCUGUGUUUGAAAAAACUGAUAAGUCCCUGUACUUCCACUCAGAAAUGAAAGCGUGCACAACAUGUGGUGGCUACUUGCAGGUGUUGGUGAACACCCAAUGCCUUCUCUGUUCUUCUCUUGGCUGAGAAGCUCUUUGAAAGUGAAACAAGGCCCACUUUGAUAUUUUUGUUAGAAGAGAAAGGGUUGUUGCAAAUUGGAUGAAAACAAUAGUGUGUUUGUACAGAGUGCUAGAUGUAUACCAUCAUUUUCCUAAGUCUAUGGAGAAUGAAGGUGAUUUGGCCUCUUGUCUCCUCCAUCCUUCAUUUAUCCUACCUCCUACCUUUGUUUGCAAGGUAGCAGUCUUGUUCUGCUCUAACGAGUAGACGGCGGUAGCUGCUGGGAUGGAGGGGACAGGCUAGUUAGCAUUAUAUAUAGUAAACCCAAGCAGUUAUUGAACCAUAAGCUGACAGGUAAGCUGGUUCCUUUUCUGCUUUCUCAACCUAACCUAUUUUUCAGUGUGAUUUCCCAGGCAGAGAUUGAGUAGAAUUUUAAGAUUAGAAUUU